AUGGUCGAGCAAAUCCAACUAGCUCGUUCCCAUCGCUUGGGCCAGCGACGUGAGGGAGCUUCCCGGAGUCGUCCCAUCGUGACCAAACUUCUGGAUCCGAGACACAAGGCAAUCGUCAUGGGGAACGCCAGGGAGCUCAAAGGGACAGGGCUCUCUCUGAGCAAUCAGUUUCCCCCGGAUAUUUUACGAAGACGAAGACUACUUCAGCCUGUGUUUACAGAGGCCAGGACCGCAGGAAGGAGGGCCAAACUAUCCAUUGACAAACUUUACAUUGAUGGUGAACUCUACCGCAACGCCAAAUUAACUUAUUGGCUCACUGGAGGAAACCAAAGACAUGCCGACGAGGAAAUUGAGGUAAACACGGUCGCACAAUAA